GUGAAUGAGGCGUCUGAGCUGCCUUGUACAAGCAGGAAAUGUCGUGUGUUCCCUCCUCUUCCUCAGCUGUCUUGUGUGUUUUUAUUUAGUAAUUAAACUGUAAGAAACCUUCCCAGCUUCCUGCGGACUCAGGAUGCUGCCUGAGAUGCAGACGUGUCCCCGGCAUUUGCUUGUAUGUGAGAAGUCCAGUUUCCUGCAGGAGAAGUCACGGCAUGUCACACACGUGGAGACACACUACUACAACUACGCUGUAUCUAUUUUGUUACCUGAAUGUGGGCGUUUGCCAGAAAAACUAAAGAAUGCCAUUGAUGGGUUUGGGGAAUAUUACAUGGUGAAGAAUUUACCACUGCAUGAGUUCACAACACAAGAGUUUAACGACAAGUUUCUAAAGAAAGGCUUGUUUUAUGCACUGUCAUAUAACACAAGGAUUGAUCAAGAUAAUGUUGCAGCUCUGCUACCCACAGGAAAACUUAUCGUAUCUGUAGACAAAGACACCUAUGAGGAGUUAGGUCUGCAGGGCAAACCUUCGCUCUAUGCUGGAAAAAAGGCCAUGCGAUACAUUGUUACUAUUGAUCUGACAGAUAUUCUCUCUCCUGAUGGCAAGAAAUUCCAGCGCUUGAGAUGGGCCUUAACAGAGAAAAAACCUUUGGCUUUUGAUGUCCUCAUUGCAUGGGAUAACCCUGAUGCGCCAUCUAUUAUAUCUUACUUUUCAAAAUACACUGUCAAGAAGUGUCCGCUUAGAAUGAGUUCUAGUGUUUCUAGGGAUCUGCACUGCCCGGUGUUAAAGAGUGGAGAGUUACAUGGGAAAGAGGGAGAAUCCUGCAGUGCUGUGGAGCUGUUUGAAUGGUUGGGUGCUGUUAGCAAUAAUAUUGACUGCAAUAAUGAAUCCUCUAACUUCACAUCAAGCUUUUGCUGUCCGGAGCCUAACAGUAUAGUCGACCAAGCACAUUUAUGCACUAUUACUGGAUUCCUAACUCCGGUGAAGAUACAGCAGCUACUGCAGCAUCUGUGUGAUUAUUUUGAUGAACCAAAGUUAAAUCAGUGGGUAUCCCUUAUGGUACAUGGAUUUGCAGACAGUCCUGUGUCUUGGAGAGAAGGUGAACAUGGCUUCUUUAAAGGUGGUGAAAAUUUAUACAGUUUUAUUAUCUUUAACAAUAAAGACUACUGGAUGCAAAUGGCUGUUGGAACACAUGAUGGCUGCCCUCCUUAAUUAAAACUCUUAACAUAAUUUUUAUUAAUAAUAUGUAAUGUAAAUAAUAUGCCAUUUGGAAUGGAACUGCAUAUUUUUCUUUAUUAGAAAUUAAAUUGUGGAACCAAUAAUUUAAUAAAGAGUGUAUGAAUAAGUCGUAAA